AUCUUCUCCUGUGCCUCCGAUCGCAGUAUCCGACUUAGGAUUUUCUGACAUAUCAUCUUCCUCUCAGUAGCGGACAUGCUUUGAAUACCCAAGGGCGAAGUGCUGGGCAUCGAUAGAGGCCUGCUCAGGAUCAACGUCAAGCUCUUGAGCACUUCUCGCCCAGGAGUUUCCCCAUUCAACUGGAUAGACACCCGGCGGGAACGAUCUUUAUGGACGACUAUGGCUUAGGAGAGCCCAUGCAAGAUGCGGCGACACAUGUCAACGACGCCGUACGAAACCGGUCAAGCUCUCGCAAGGACGGCUUCAGUAAUGGCGAUGCAACCCGGAAUACGUCUGGGGACAGUAAGCAGGAUGAAGCCGCAGGGUUUUCCGACCCCACGUCCUCGGCAUACUCGAGAGCCAAGCGGUGGUGGAUGAUGUCGACGGGCUUCCCCCUCAUCGCGGGUACUUUUGGACCAUUGGCAAACCUCUUCUCCGUAUGCGCUCUUGUGCAAACUUGGCGAGUGCAAAUCUCGCCCGACGGAAAUGAGAGGGAUGGAGAGCGAGUCCCUGACCCGCAUUGGGUACUCGCGCCGAACAUUGUCUCUCUUGUCUUCGCUGUCGGCGCGAACAUGUUCCUCCUCAUGAACUUCGGUCACCGAAUGCGCUACACGAUCGCGCAGCCCCUCACCGUCGCUUUCUGGUACCUCUCCUUCAUUCUCCUCCUUGUCCCCCUCGCCCUCAGCAAACACAUGCUCCUCUACCCCCGCGACACCCACGCCUUCUCCCAGUCCUACUACUACGCCAUUAUCUCCGCCAGCGUCUACUGCAUCAUCUCCACCCUCCUCCUCGCCAACCUCCUCGGCGCGCUCGUCUUCAAAGCCUACCCGCCCUCCUUCGGCUCCCUCACCGUGCCGCAGCGCACGCUCAUGCUGCAGACCACUGCCUACGUCUUCUACCUCGCCCUCGGCGCGCUCGUCUUCUCCUAUAUCGAGGGCUGGUCGUUCGUCGACGGCCUCUAUUGGGCGGACUACACGCUCCUGACUUGCGGCCUCGGCACGGACUUCCCGCUCUACCGCACCCUCUCGCGCGCGCUGCUCAUCCCCUACGCGGUCAUCGGGAUCACGAUGAUUGGGCUGGUCAUCGGAAGCGUGCGCGCGCUGGUGCUGGAGCGCGGCGCGACGGCGAUGGUGCGCCGGCGGCUGGAGAAGGAGAGGAAGAAAUGGGUGGAGGGGCUGGAUGGCUCGGCGGAUGUGCGUGCGUGGGAGAAGCGCGAGUUCGAGGAGAUGCGGAGGAUACAGCAGCGCGCGGACUGGAUGAAGCGGUACAUGGCCCUCGCGACGUCCACUUUCGCCUUCGCGGUCCUCUGGCUCAUCGGCGCGCUGAUCUUCUGGUACUCUGAGCGCCCACAAAACUGGACGUACUUCAACGCGCUCUAUUUCGCCUACACCACCCUCAUCACCGUCGGCUACGGCGACUUCUAUCCGCAGUCCAACUCCGGAAAGCCCUUCUUCGUGUUCUGGACGCUCCUCGCCGUGCCCACCAUGACCGUCCUCAUCUCGAACAUGGGCGACACCAUCCUCGUAACGUGGGUCAAGGAGGGCGUCCUCUGGCUCGCCGAGAAGACGCUCAUGCCGGGGAACGGGAACGGGAACUGGAACGGGAAGACGAGCGAUGAUAACCCACGGCGUCGGGAGGAGGACGGUUUGGUCCGCCCGAUCGAGAAGCUGGGCGAGGCGGUGGAGAGGGAAGAGGAGGGCGAGCUGACGGGGAGGGCGCGCCUGAUCCGCCGGCUGGCGCACGAGGUGCGCGUGGUCGCGGACGACGUGGGGCAGGAGAAGGCGUAUGAGUGGGAUGCGUGGUCGCGGUGGAUGCGGCUGCUGGGGGAGGCGGACGAGUGGCUGGCGGAGCGGGACGAGGGGUUCCGGCACAAGCGCGAGUCGUCGCAUCGGGAGAAUGAGAGCUCGCAUCGGGUACGGAGGGAUGAGAAGGGACACCACCACCACCACCAUCAUAGGCGCCGGUGGCGGAGGAGAGGGACGAGGAGGGAGCAGGAGCUGAUGGAGGAGGAGGAACAGCUGUCUUGGCUGGCGUACGACGGGCCGAUGUUCAGUGAGGAGGACGAGGCGCAGUGGUUGCUCACACGGUUCUGCGAGAAGCUGGAGCAGAUCAUGGUUCAUACGUAGCUCGAUUCAUGGGACUUCAUACACGCAAGAUAUCUACUGCACUCACGUUGUAUACUACUGUAUCAUGUAUUCUAGCUCGGCACUACAGUACUCCAUGUCACAAACUGACGCGGUAUAGGCAUCCACGAGUGGCCAGGCGAUGUCCGCAG